GCGAGCCGCUGUCGGAGGAACGGUCGCGUCCGCGCGUGGCCGGGGACGAGCGGCGGAGCCGGUAGCGGUAGCUGGCCUCCCCCUUCCUCCCGAGCCUCGCCUCGCCUCGCCGCACUCUGCCGGCAUGUUAGCGGGCAGCCGCUGCUGCGCUCUGGGUUCGGGGGCACCUGUCUCGCUGUACCCGCAGGCAUUUCCUCCUGCCGGCGUGAGAGCGGCCGCCUGAGAGCCCCCCACCCCCAGCAAAAGUCCGUGCGUACAUUUCGGAAGUAGCAGACGUUAGGUAGGCCCGUGGCCGGGGUUGGGGGGCAGUCGAGGGGAACUGGUUCGCCGACCACUUGCCGCUGACAACGAACCAUGAUGAAGACCGAAGCUUCUGCAGAGAGAUCGAGCCUCCGCAGCUCCUCUCCGCACCGCAACGCUUACAGGACCGAUUUCCAGGCUCUCAGAACCACCUUCAGCAAAGCUGGCAGCGGCGGAGGUCUGACCGGGGCAUCGUCGGCGGCCGGGGGCGACUCCGAGGUGAAGGAGGGGUCCGAGAACCCGCCGUCGUCCCCGUCGCAACAGAUGCACCAGCGGGGAAGGAAAUACGGCUCCAACGUUAACCGAAUCAAGAACAUGCUGUUCAUGCAGAUGGGUAUGGGUUCCGGCGAGGAGAACGCGGCUUCUGCCCGCAUCAGGGGCGGCAGAGGGGCUCCCCCGUCUCCCCACCGCCGAGUUCGAGCCCGGGAGGUGGUGCAGGUUGCCCCCGGUGCUCGGGUCAAGCAGACUGCCGAAGUAUGCGACCGGACGAGUCGGGUGGACUCCCGGCGAGAAGGUCCGGCAACCGGCUCCAAAUUUUCCGAGACCCGUAAACUCUUCGAGCAGAGCGCCCGAGUGUCGGCGACGGCCGCCCAGCCAAGCUCGCCGAAGAGGGAGAGGAAAUGUUCUCAGGACCAGAGGCUGGACGAGCAGCAAGGGGCCCAGAGCCUCCGCGGCGACAGAGGUAGCACUGAUUCACAGGACAGCACCCACCCCAGCACAGAGGCUCCGUUACCUGCUGUCAGUGGCUCACUUGCUGCUCCUUCCCAGAGCACCGAACAACAAACAUUGGCAGCUGGUAGGAGCCUUACGACUGGAUACAAUGGCGUUGUCCCAAAUGCAUCGUCUAAAACACUUGAACUGCAAGAGCAACAACAGGUGUCUGUCAAAUCUCCUUCUGCCCAGGGCCAACACGGGAUUGAUUUUGCAAACCAGGAUGCUACAGGUUCGCCUCGGAAAAGUGAGAAGCACGAACACAUCUCGAGCCAAGUGCCACUUCCUUCCGAGGCUGUGAAAUCCGCCUCUUUUAGCCAGAAGGCCACACAAGUUAAAUCUGGCAUGGAAAAUCACGACCAACAUCUAGACGGAGGAUCAAUCGGGGAUUUCGGGAAGCACUUAAAUAGUGGUGCUAGCGUGAAGCAUCCCGAUUCUCCUAAAUGCAAUGCUUUUGUAGCCGAAAUAUCGUCGGAUGCGAGAGGUUCUACAGCAAGUGAAAAUUCCUCCGAGGAGAGCACAGCUGAACCAUCAACUGAGACAGGCGUCAAGAGUGAUUGUUCCAGAUACAAAUCUAUCAUUCAGAGUACGCAGAAUGAAGGGUGCAGUGUGGAGUCCGGAGAUGACACAGGUUGGGACCAAGCUUAUGAGGAUUCAGAGGACCAAUUGGAUAGCGAUGAAAAUAAUUAUGAACCCAUUUCGGAAUAUACAGAAGUAACAGGAUUGUCAGAUGAAGAUAGUAUACCUGCCAAAAGGAAAAUUAAAUUCAGCACUGAUCCCAUUAGAGUUUUCCACACUUACUCUAAUGAAGACUAUGAUAGGAGAAAUGAUGAAGUGGAUCCAGUUGCAGCAUCUGCUGAAUAUGAACUGGAAAAGCGUGUAGAAAGGUUGGAUCUUUUCCCAGUAGAACUUGAGAAAGAUGAGGAUGGUCUUGGCAUCAGUAUUAUAGGAAUGGGAGUUGGUGCAGAUGCAGGAUUAGAAAAACUGGGAAUUUUUGUGAAGACUGUUACUGAAGGAGGUGCAGCUCAGAGAGAUAGCAGGAUCCAGGUCAAUGAUCAAAUUGUGGAAGUGGAUGGAAUCAGCUUGGUUGGAGUUACCCAAAGCUUUGCUGCUACUGUUCUGCGAACAACUAAAGGUAAAGUUAGGUUUCUAAUUGGCCGAGAGAAACCGGGACAGAGCAGUGAAGUUGCUCAACUCAUCAGUCAAACUCUAGAACAAGAACGACAUCAAAGAGAGCUAUUUGAACAGCACUACGUUCAAUAUGAUGCAGAUGAUGAUGAGACAGGAGAAUAUGCCACUGAUGAAGAUGAUGAUGGUGAAGUGGGCUCAGUGCUUACAGGUGGUGACAUGGCGAUUGAAGUGUUUGACCUGCCUGAAACUGGGGAUGUGCUUUCUCCCACAGAAGUGGAUGCCAACAAGAUUACUCACAAAUUCAAAGAGCUACAGAUUAAGCAUUUUGUUACUGAAGCUGAAAUUCAGAAAAUGAAAGCCAAGCUCAAAUUAGCAGAGAAUGAGAAAAUUCAAUGGGAACUAGAAAAAACACAACUCCAACAGAGCAUUAAAGAAAACAAAGAAAGAAUGUUAAAACUGGAGAGCUACUGGAUUGAGGCACAGACCCUAUGUCACACUGUUAACGAACACCUGAAGGAAACCCAGAGUCAGUACCAGGUUUUGGACAAGAAGUACAACAAAGCCAAAAAGCUUAUUAAAGAUUACCAGCAGAAGGAAAUGGAAUUUGUUAAGCAUCAAGAUGCUGAGAAAAAGAAAUUAGAAGAAAUUGGAAAAGCACAUGCAGCAGAAGUCCAGAAACUUCAGAGCAGGAUUGCAGAACUGAAGGUUGAGCUUCAAAAGUUGACAAGAACCAACGGGACGCAAGUGAACAACAAUAAUAAUAUUUUUGGAGAGGAGCAAGACAGAAGAACACCAGUGGAUACAUUGAAAGAAACUCCAAUUAAAGCAAUUGAUAGCUUGACAAGGAUGCAGACGUAUCACCACAACAAUUCAAUUUCAGGAGUAAAUGAAUCUUUAACCAUGAAAUCAGCUGACCCAGAUGAGGUUUUUGAUUUCAAUGAAGCAGUGCCUGAAACAGAAAGAUUAGACAGUAAGGCCCUAAAAGCUCGAGUUAAUCUUUCGGCCAAGUCAAAACGUCAGCGUCCUUCUCGGUCUAGAGUACUUGACAGCGUUAGUUCAACUGAUGGUGAUGAUAGUCUUGAACGGAAGGAUGCUGUUGGAGAAUCCCCAACCUCAUCACCUUCAAAAUAUUGCCACAGUGCUGCGUUACCUUCUUUGCAUCAAUUGGACAACGAAUGCAAAAUGAGAAAAUCAGCAGAUGACAGCACAGCCAUUGCUUCAAAGAAAGGCAGAUCUCCGGUGAUUCAGAAAGACAGCACCAAACAAAAGUUUCAUGAUCUUAGGUGUCCAGGACAAAAAACAUUUAGUAAAGGGAAAAAACAGAAAGACAAAGUGAAAGAAGCCAAUAGACUCUCAUCAGGAAGCAGGAUCUCCAAUGAUACACUGGAAAGUUUAACAAGCAACAUUUCAGGAGAAUCAUCUUCCUCCAUUCCACCUUGUGUACUGUUAUCCUGGUUUGGUGAAGGUUCAAAAAGAUACAACUCUUCCAGCAAUUUGCCAUCUCCUAGCAGCUCAACAGAACCAUCUUCUGAGAGCCUUAGCCCAGAGAAACAAAGAUUUAAGAAUUUCACCUACAUUGAUGACUUUAGUCCCAGUAGCACAAGUUCUGCUGAUUUGAGUGGAUUUGUUGCAGAACCAAAUUCUACAGGGCGCUCACACAUAUUGGCACUCUCCUCUGAUGAAAGCCUGGAUAUGAUAGAUGAUAAGAUCCUUGAUGAAGGACAGUCGCCCAAACACAAUCAAUGGAAAACUUGUGCUGUUUUGGACUGGAGCACUCAUCAGGUUUCUCAUUGGCUUAUGGGACUCAACAUGGAGCAAUAUGUUCCACAAUUUAUUGCCAGAAGCAUUGACGGAGCUCAGUUGCUCCAGUUGGAUGGAACCAAAUUGAAGGCAUUAGGUAUUAAUGUUUCUCGAGAUCGGGCCAUUAUCAAAAAGAAACUAAAGGAGAUGAAGUCAUCAGUUGAGAAAGCACGUAAAGCACAACAGAAAUUAGAGAAACAAAGGGAAAAACAGAGAAAAAAGGAACAGGAGCAGCUUCUGAAAAAGAAUAAGAAAACAAGCAAGUCAUUAUUUCUCGCAGCAGAACCUGACACUGAAUAAGAAGUUCAUCAUUAAAAAGACUGAAAGGGUUUUAAUAGUUUCCUAGGCACUUUAUAUCCUGUGCACAGACUUGAGGAGUGUAUAUAAUUUCAUUUUACCAACACCUCAGAAUUAUGUCAGAAUCAUCUUAUGGUGGUCAUCACAAAAGAACCUGAACAUUUUAUUUUAGUUUUGUGUAUGUUUUUCUUUACAUACACUGGCUCCUGUGGAAGACUUGCAUAACUUCUCUGAUAACCUUGCAUUAAAAUCAUACUGCACAAAACCUAAACAACUGUCAAAACAACUUGUGGAGAAGUGAUCAGCUUUUAAAAAAAAGUUAAAUGGGAUAGAACUUUGUUUUUAUGUUAUCUCAGAAUUUUCAGGCUAGAAAACUAAAAUACAAUAUAUCAACGUUACCUAAAAGGAGAGGGCCCAAAAUAAGCAAUGUCUGCAUAUUGCACUGAUAUUCAUUGAACUUAAACUUCUGAGUAGAAAACUGUCAAGUUACGUUUCCUGAAAUAUGAGGAUAUAACUGUUUGUAAAGGCGUAUACCUGUUUUACUCCAUCAAUUGGCAAAAUUUUAAAAUGAAUUUUACUAUUAAAAUAUUAUUAUUGCACACUGCAUUUUUCUUUUCAUUUCAAAGAUUUAUUGAACUGUAAAUAGCAGUUUCAAUAUUUCAUUUAAAGUUUAUCUAAAUAACAGAUGUUCUGAAACAUUUCCAAAGACUUAAAUUUGCAAUAAAUUAGUUGAGACAAUGAUAUUUAAGUAAUGGUCUUUAUAUUGUUACAGAUGUAAUACUGAAUGGCAAAUGAUAUAAACUUCUUUAAUGGGAUUUUAUUUUCAUAGGAUCUAAAGCAUGUUUUGGUGUAGAAACUGGGAACAGUUGGUUAAGCAAACAGCAGUUUUUUAAAAAUCUGAUAUGGUUAUUCUACUUUACAGCAUUUUUUAUUCCACAGUAAAUGGUAAAGUUAGUUAUUUGUCAAUUCAACAAAGAUAGCACAUUAGAACUGUGGGUUUUCAUUGUUAAAGGUAGGGACAAGUAGUUAUUAUCUAUAUUGAUGGUUCUGCAUAACUGUAAGCUUCUGGCUUUAAUGAUUUGGAACAUAUCCCACUUGAUGAGAAUUCAAAGUCAUCAUAUGCCAUAUUUACUUCAGUUAAAUUGUUGAUACCUCAUUUGGAUAUUAAUCUCCCUACCAUUUAAAAUAAGUAAUACAUUUCCUUAACAUCAAUAUUUUGUAUGUGAGCAGUCUUUUCAUAUUGUGGCAUAUUCUUUCUUGUGAUUUGAGGGAUAAUCAAGGGUUUGCUGAAGUGAUUUUAUAUGAAGCAUUACUACUUUGAAGCGAUAGUUAAAGAAUGUCCUAUGCUCAAAAAACAGUUCAGAACAUGACAUAUGUAUUUAAAGCCUAAUUUGGAAGCCAAUUUGUAUUUGUUUUAAACCUGUUUAAAACAGAAACACAGAACAUCAUUAAUGAGUAGGUUAAAAUGUGUCAUUUCCAUGUCUUCCCCAUCAAUAGUCUGUGUAUUUUGUUUAUGAUAGCAGCAGUCAGUAAUUAGAGCCAGUAGUUAAUAUUUAAUUUAAGUCUACAAAGCAUUAAAACAUUAAAUGUGUUUUUUAUGAAAUUCUGAUUAACUGUCAUUACACACUUUCACCAUCACUGUUUUCAAUUCCUUUUUACUACUUUGAAAGUAUUUUGUGGCUGCAAAUUCUUGGUUCUCACUUAUUUAAAAUUAAGCAGCAAACAAGUUUGGGCAUUUAAUUAAACCAAUUCAACAAAGUGGUUGAGUGCUAUUUUCCCAGUAUCAAAGAAGAUUACUGGAGUUUAGUUCAACACUGUUGGGAGUAAUACCAGAUUAAUCUUGUUCCAGAGAUGUGUUAGUAAAACCUAAUUGCCAACAAAGUUAUUAGUAUUUUUACUUCUACCAUUUGAACUAAACAAAACUGCUUCAGUCCAAAUGCAAAUGUGUCUACUGCAUUGUUCAGACAAGUGGUUUGAUGCCUAUCUGCCCUCACCCCUUUCUCUCACUACUGUAGAAGGGCUAGGGUUCCCCUUGUCCUUACCUACCACCCCCUUACCCUCCUUAUCCAGCACAUAAUUCAGGGUAACUUCUGCCACUCUACAAUGGGAUUCUACCAUUUCUCCCUCACCCACCCCCCAACAUCCCCAUUCUCCACUUUUGGCAGGGAUCGCUCUACAUGCCUCACUUGUCCAUUAAUCCUUCCCCACUGAUCUCACUCCUGGCACUCAUCCUUAUGUGGGACAAGUGUACAUCUGUCCCUACACCACCUCCCUCACCACUAUUCGGGGACCCAAACAGUACUUCCAGGUAAGAUGGUGUUUCACCUAUGCCUCUGUCAGGGUCAUUCAUGUACCUAGUGCAGCCUCCUCCAUAUCUUCAUGACCCAAUGCAGAUUAGGGUGCGGCUUUGUAGAGUACUUCACUCCAUCCACCACAAAAUGUAGGAUUUCCUGCUUCCAUUUCAAUUUCCCUCCCAUUCCCAGUCUGACAUGUUGGUCCAUGGCCCCCUGUACCGCUACAAUAUGGCCACAACCAGGUUGGUUGAAGCAAUUCCUUAUAUUCUGUCUAGGUAAAUGCCAACCUGAUAGCACAAUCCUCAAUUUCUCUAAGUUCCAGUAAUUUUUCUCCCUCCCCAUUCUCUCUUUUCCAUUCCCAGUUCUAUUUCUUCUCUAACCCCUUCUUUUUAAUCGCCUCUGUCUGGAUCCCCUUUUCUUUCCCUUUCUACCAUAGUCCCCAGUCCUCUCCUAUUAGAUUCCUUCUUUAGCCCCUUACCUCUUCCAUCUAUCACCUACCAGCUUCAAACUUCAUCCUCCUCCCCCACCCACUUUCUCCCUCAGCUGGUUUCACCAUUGCCUGUCCACUUGUACUGCCCAUCCACCCCAACACCUUAUUCUGGCUUCUGCCCCCUUCCAGUGCUGAUGAAGGGUCUCGGCCCAGAACAUUGAUUGUUUAUUUCCUUCCAUAGAUGCUGCCUGACCUGCUGAGUUCUUCCAUCCUUUUGUGUGUGUGGCUCAAGAUUCUGUAGAAUCUGUAAAAACCUCCUGUAUAUCAAUGAUACCUGACGUAGAUUGGGAGAUUACUUCACCAAGCACCUAUGCUCUGUCGGCUAGAAAAAGUGGGAUCUCCCAAUGGCCACCCAUUUAAUUCCUCUUCCCAUUCCUAUUCUAACAUGUCAGUCCAUGGCCACCUCUAAUGUCACCAUCAGGCCAUACUCAGGUUGGAGGAACUUCACCUUAUGUUAUGCUGGGGUAGACUCCAACCUGAUGGCAUGAACAUUGAUAUCUUGAACUUCUGGAAUUGGCUCUCCCUUUCACCAUUCCCCAUCCCGUCUUCUCUCUCUCACUUAGUCUCCUUGCCUGCCCAUUGCCUCCAUCUGGUGCUCCUCCCUCCCCCCUUUUAUUUCUUCCAUGGCCUUCUGUUCUCUCCUAUUAGAUUCCCCUUUUUCCAGCCUUUUAGCUCUUUCACCAAUCAACUUUCCAUCUCAUUGUUUUACCCCUCCCCUUCCCAGUUUCACCUAUCACCUUGUGUUUCUCCCUCCCCUCCCUCCACAUUUUAACUCUACUCCUCAUCUUUUUUUUCUCCAGUGCUGCUGAAGGGUCUUGGUCCGAAAUGUCAACUGUACUCUUUUCCAUAGAUAUUGCCUGGCCUGCUGAGUUCCUCCAGCAUUUUGUGUGUUGCUUGGAUUUCCAGCAUCUGCAGAUUCUCUCUUAUCUGUGGAAUCUGUUGUGUUUAUAGUUUAAUGUCAUGUUUUCUUUACAUCUCUGCCCACUGAUGCAUAUGAUUUGCCCUGUUACGUUUUUGGUCUUCAUUUUAAACAGUACAGUAGCGGCAUGGUAAUGUAGUGGUUAGUACAACACAUUACAGUACCAGUGACCCUACAGGUGCUUCGAUUUCCUCCCAGUCCAAAGAACUGGUUGGUAGGUUAAUUGGUCAUUGUAAAUUGCCCCAUGAUUAGACUAGGGUUACAUCAGGAGUUGCUGGGCAGCGCAGCUUAAUGGGGCAUAAGGGCCUGAGAUUUCCAUAAAUAAAUUCCUAUUUCUUAUAAAAAUGUCUGUUUUAAUGAUUACCCUUUCUUGGCUUCCUUGCAGUGUCUUAACAGGACAAGUAAUUUCUCUCCUCUCACCCACUCCUCUGAAAAAUAUUAAGCUUGUGAAGAAAAGUAAUGCUAAAAGUGAUAUUUCACAUGAAGUUCUGCAAUGAAUUCUGCAUGUCUUUUAUCACCCAAUCUCCCAUUUAGAAUAUUAUUGAGCAGAGCAGUAAUAUUCAGAUCAGCAUUAUUUUACUGUCAAUUUCAUCUUGCCUUUUUGCAGUAAUUAUCAGUUUUUUUCCCAUCUCAUUUGUUGCAAUAUGCUAUUUAUGCUAUAUUUUUCAAUAUGUAACUACUGUAGGUAUAUUAAAUCUUUAAAUUUAAUGCCUCAAUUAUUUUAGGUUACUUGAUUUUAUAAAAGUCUUGAAUCGCUUGCUCUGUUAUAUGCUGAAUAAUUAUCACUAACAUGAAAACUGCAAAAACAUUUCUAAUUGCUGAGAUUAGAGUUACAAUUCUGUAAUUAACUAAAUCAGUUGGUCUAGUAUAUAUUGUUCCUUUUGGGGAUAUCUUGUGAGUGUAGAUAGUUUUGUUUUCCAGUUAAAUGCUGUGAAGCGAGGGAGUAAAACUGAAAAUUAACUUUACAAACAAUAAAUGCCCAAAAUAAUGAAAGAAAUCUAGCAAGCUUACAAAAUAUAUUGAUCCAUAAUAGGAAAUCCUGUACAGAAGGGAGUGUUUUUAUAUAAUAUAUAUAUGUAAAACAAACUAUAAAAGGAUGUUAUAUUGGUGUUCUUUCAAUUCUUGUGUUACUGUUAAUUGAAUUUGAAGUAAUAUGGUUACAUGUAGCUGAAGGAGGUCUGGGGCAGCUAACAAAGAAGUGCACUGAGGAUGUUGAAAUUGUUUUUUAUUUGUAAGAUAAGUUCCAAAAGAAGGAGGAAUUUAAUUUGAAUAAAAUGUGUACAAAUGGCAUGGCCUGAUGUCUGAUUUGAAGAGCUGUUCAAUGUUCCUCUUCCUGCAUGAUAAUGAAAACAGUGCCAUGCCUGAAUUUAGUCUUCUGUGCCCUGUGAUGUAUUACAUUCUUAUGUUUACAAACUUAAUGUUUUAUUUUAAUGUUAAUGACAGAUAAUGACUAGUAUUUUUGUUGAUUUUAAAUGCCUGUGAAACUUAUUUGGAUAAAUGUAAAUAAACAUCUUGCCAAUGAAUAAGCACUGUUAUCAGACAACAUGCAUUAAACAAGUGAAAAAUCUUAAGUGAAACAACAGGUUAAAGAAAAUACUCUUGCAAGUAUAUGCUCAGUACUGAAUUAUCCCUUUUUCAGUAACCAAGACUGUAAGAGCCAUGUAUCUAUUUUCGGUCAUAUGGUUGGGGUGUGGUGGAAGCAAAUGAGUACAGUUAACUCUCAUUUUGUUAAUUGUUUAGUCUAGUAGAGAGGGGAUGAGCCAUGUAGAAUUAUAUUUUUUGUUGACCACUAUUAGAACACUAAUAUAGUUUGACUGCUUAGUUGCGCUAAUUGGGACACUAACUAGAUCGCUAUUAGUACGCUUUAAAUUUGUUAGUUCAACUGCUAACUUAGUUAUUUCUCUAGUUUGAAUACUUAUUGCUAAUUUAGUUUUGUUAGCUUUUUUAUCGCUACAACUCAUCUUUGGUGGUUUUGCAAUAAAGGAUCAAAUGUACCUUUCUCGCCUUUGGAACUUCAUAAUUAGAAGCACAACAUACAGUGUUGAUCUCCUGACUCAGUGGUUUUGGUUUGUUUAAAGUAACCAUUACAUUUGGUCAAAAAAAUAAUAAUUAUACAAAAUGAAC